CAUGAUGACUGUGGUGCUCCACCUCCUCACCUCUCAGAUAUUCAGGCCACAGGUUGUGACUGAGGAGUUUCUCUUCAAAUUUGGAGCACUGCUGAGUCACAUAACAUCUAUUGAUGCCAGUGAGACCAGUUUGGGCAGUGCAAUAGGACAAGCAGGUUCAGAGGAGCUGAUCAGGAACACUCUGUCAGCUGUGGAGGCCAUCACCCAGCACCCAGCCCUGCUGACGCCCCAUCACUGUCCUGUUGUUGAUUGCAUUCUUCCUCCACUGACUUCUCUUGCCUUCAGUAAAAAUGUGGAGUGGCGUAUCGUCAGCUUGCGUGUUCUGUCAGAGAUCACACUGCUGCUGCUGAGCCAAGAGGCCAUGGAAGAGGGAGAGAGGAGAGAGAGAGAGUGCAACUCUUCAACUGGCAGACUAUUGACUCUCAUUACAGAAGCCCUUCUUCCACAGUAUGAAUCUCUCCUGUUGGAGCCAGACCCAAUCCCAGUCUACGCUCUCAAGCUGCUGGUGGCCCUCACAGAACACAGCAGCCCCGUCAACAGCCUGGUCAGAGACAGCAGGAUCCUACCUGUUGUCUUUCAAGUCAUGGCGGAGCACCAGGACAAUAUCCUGGGUGGAACCAUGCAGAAGGCCAUGGCUCUCCUCAGCAACCUGACUGGACAGAAAGACGUGGAUCUACAACCCUUCUACCAACAAGGUCUGGUGGAGGUGGUCUGCAGUGUCUUCAGCGAGGCAGCCGUUCUGUACGUGGAGAGAGAGGAGAGGCCUGGGAGAAAGAGUAGCCCUGAUCUCCUGUUGUCUCUACUGGACACUCUGCACAAUGUACUGACCAGCACAUCCAGAGUGGUGCGCAUUGCACUCCAGGGAGCUGAGUCCCAGGGAGAGACCCAGGCUGCAGAGGACCUCCUGCUCAUCAACAAACCUCUGACACAACUCACAUCCCUGCUCAUUCAGAUGCUGCCAUGUGAGGAUGUGGAGGUGUAUGAGGAGACCAGUCAGUGCCUGUCCCUGCUGAUGCAGCUGUAUGGAGGGGACAGCCCUGACUCCCUCAGCCCCCUGAACCUCCAGAGCCUCAGCCACGCGCUGCAGCUCCAGACCCAGCCUAAACAACACAGACUACUGCUCCGUAUCGUCAAACGCCUGCCUGUUGCCUUCCACAGCAGGAAUCCCUCGGGCUAUGACAUGCUGUCUGCGCUGGGCAGUAUAGUGGGCAGGAAGCAUCCCUCCACUGUUCAGGCCAAGCAGCUGAAACAGAGUGUACCCAUGAUGACUGUGGUGCUCCACCUCCUCACCUCUCAGAUAUUCAGGCCACAGGUUGUGACUGAGGAGUUUCUCUUCAAAUUUGGAGCACUGCUGAGUCACAUAACAUCUAUUGAUGCCAGUGAGACCAGUUUGGGCAGUGCAAUAGGACAAGCAGGUUCAGAGGAGCUGAUCAGGAACACUCUGUCAGCUGUGGAGGCCAUCACCCAGCACCCAGCCCUGCUGACGCCCCAUCACUGUCCUGUUGUUGAUUGCAUUCUUCCUCCACUGACUUCUCUUGCCUUCAGUAAAAAUGUGGAGUGGCGUAUCAUCAGCUUGCGUGUUCUGUCAGAGAUCACACUGCUGCUGCUGAGCCAAGAGGCCAUGGAAGAGGGAGAGAGGAGAGAGAGAGAGUGCAACUCUUCAACUGGCAGACUAUUGACUCUCAUUACAGAAGCCCUUCUUCCACAGUAUGAAUCUCUCCUGUUGGAGCCAGACCCAAUCCCAGUCUACGCUCUCAAGCUGCUGGUGGCCCUCACAGAACACAGCAGCCCCGUCAACAGCCUGGUCAGAGACAGCAGGAUCCUACCUGUUGUCUUUCAAGUCAUGGCGGAGCACCAGGACAAUAUCCUGGGUGGAACCAUGCAGAAGGCCAUGGCUCUCCUCAGCAACCUGACUGGACAGAAAGACGUGGAUCUACAACCCUUCUACCAACAAGGUCUGGUGGAGGUGGUCUGCAGUGUCUUCAGCGAGGCAGCCGUUCUGUACGUGGAGAGAGAGGAGAGGCCUGGGAGAAAGAGUAGCCAUGAUCUCCUGUUGUCUCUACUGGACACUCUGCACAAUGUACUGACCAGCACAUCCAGAGUGGUGCGCAUUGCACUCCAGGGAGCUGAGUCCCAAGGAGAGACCCAGGCUGCAGAGGACCUCCUGCUCAUCAACAAACCUCUGACACAACUCACAUCCCUGCUCAUUCAGAUGCUGCCAUGUGAGGAUGUGGAGGUGUAUGAGGAGACCAGUCAGUGCCUGUCCCUGCUGAUGCAGCUGUAUGGAGGGGACAGCCCUGACUCCCUCAGCCCCCUGAACCUCCAGAGCCUCAGCCACGCGCUGCAGCUCCAGACCCAGCCUAAACAACACAGACUACUGCUCCGUAUCGUCAAACGCCUG